AUGGCCUUUUGGCUGGAAUCACCGGGUAAUGCAUGCAAUGUUUGGAUCAAAACGGCCGACCAGACUAAGAUAAUGAAAAGAUGGUGUGGCGGAGACAUGAAGCAUUUUAUAUGUAAGGUCCCACGGAAUCGGACAUUCGAGCUGCGUCACGAGGGACUGCCAACGAGGAAGACCCAGUUCUACUUCUUGCCGGACGAGGCGAAGACGCGGUUCCUCUCGCUCACCGGCCGCCAAGUCCUCGUCGACGGCCAAAGACUCGUUCUCAUAACGCAAAACGACAUGGAACUCGCAUCGACAACUACGGAGGGGUUUCAGCCGACCGGGAGACACAACUGGACGUAUCCUGGCGGGGAGCAGAGGGUUUCCACGUUCACUGCGUGUUCGAGGGGGGAAUUCACGUGUUCGGAUGGCCUGUGUAUACCCCUACAUGUUCGCUGCGACGGAACCGAAGACUGCGCCGACGGGAGCGACGAGACGUGCCCUCUCCUCCUGCCGCUGCCGACGAGCUACAAGAGGGACACGCCGCCCGUGCCUCUUACGGGUCUCAAUGUCUCCGUGCUGCUUCUGGAAGUUUUCGAGAUCAAUGUCCAGGAGAGGUUCUUCCGGGUGAAAAUGAGGUUCGAGACCCGGUGGCACGACGAGCGAGUCAGCCUGGUUCAGCUGAGGCCCUUCCCGCCGGAUAACGUCUUAUCCGAUCAGCUGUUGUGGACUCCCGGGAUCACCUUCCACAACAUAUUCUUAGCGGGACAACAGUCGAUCGAAAGGCCCCAAGUAUUCGCACAUAAGGGGGCUCCGGGCGUGGCAAGCAUCCAUGGGAGUUUGGAAGGCUACGACUACAGCGCAGGCGACGAAGCCAGUCUGAUCAAGUUGCAGACCUUCGUGCUCUCCUUCUGGUGCCGCUUCGACCUCGGCCUCUUCCCCUUCGACGUCCACGUGUGCUUCAUCGACUUCAGACUGCAAGGGAAAAAGAAGGCCUUCGUGCCCUACUUUAGCCACGUCAACCUGGCUCCCACACAGACUGAAUGGACGCCGCCACUCUUCGCUGUGUCUGACACCUGCUAUAGUCUGCUGCCUAAAACACGCCAACGCUUCCAGACGUGA